AUGGCCAUUGUGGACAACCAACUUGGAGACACGCAGCUGUAUCCUGAUCAACUUGGUGCCGGUGAGUGCACACCACGCAAGAAGGAAGCAGUGGAUCAGGACGCUGUGGCAGAGACAGUUGAAGUUAAAGACAGCCAAGACGGUUUGCCCCCUGCAGAAGCCGCUGCAGAAGGUGGAGGUGAAGAGCAGCCUGAUCAGGAAGCGGAAAAACCCGCUGAGGAAGUGCAACCCGCUGAGGAAGCGGCGCCAUCCGCUCCAAGUGCAGCCUCAGGACUGGCAGGCCAGGAGCCCAUGCCGGUUGAGCAGUUUGACUGGUCCACUUUGAAGAAGUUACCAGCCAACUACUGUGGAAGUUGCCGAAUGCCAGUCGAAGCAGAUCCCACCAAGAGGGUCACCAAGAAAGGGCAUGCAACGCUGAGUUGCAAGAUGUGCCACAACGUCACGACAAUGCUUUACAAACGCACCAACAUGCAGACCGUGGGCUUCAAGGACAUUCCACCUGCACAGGCUGCUGACUUCUUUCAGAAAGCUGGCCAGCUCUCUGAGAAGUACGGCAAACUGGAAUGGUCUCACCUCAAGGGACUGUUGCAGGACAAGCUGGUGGAGCAGGAGGUGCACAGGCAGACUGUUGCUGUGCGUGGCAAAUUUCUGCCGUUGUCUGUUUGGGAGCAGAAGGGCUUCGACACAGAUCGCAUUAAGCAGAAUGCCGAGAAGCAGAGAAGUGACAUCUUCGAUUGGGUUUAUCGUGUGCCCAUCCUCGAGAUCAGCCACGAGAAAGUCACUGAAGAGGUGCGUCAGCGCUUGCUGCAAGCUGAGCGCAAGGUGGGAAAGCGCAAAGUCAGCCAGCAAAUGGAAGACGAAGACGUGGUGGACUUGGAGGUUGACACGAAGGACUGGGACUCCAUCUCCUCAGAUGAUGGUGCUGGUGGGUCCAAAUCGAAGCCUAGAAAGGCAUGUGCACCCAAGGCAAAGAGCAAGACGAAGAAGGUGCCCCAGGAAAAGAAGGAUGAAGCCAAGAAGGCCAAUGCGGUGGUCCUUGGAAAUGCCAGGAAGGCUAUCAGGUUGUUGGAUCCUGUGGCCAAAGAAGCCAAAAAGGCUUGCAAGGACGUGAACUGCACGGAUGAGCUCAAGGCGGAGACGGAAGGGCUUCUGAAAGUGUUGAAGGAGGCAACGCAGAUCACCAAGAAGCACUCCCAGGCCACUUCGGAGGGCAAGAUCUUGGAAGACAUCAGCUUGACGGUGCAGCAGGUGAAGGAGCUCGCUGCCAUGGUGAAGGGCAAGGCAUCGGCGGUCGUCGACUUGGCCAAGAUCUUGUCCAACAUGGGCGAUGGGGCGGUUCAGAAGCUUGCUGAGGCGGCUGCCAGACGAGCCAAUGCGUCUGACGUUGAGUGA